AUGUCCUGCUACGACCUCUGCCGCCCCUGCGGACCCACCCCGCUGGCUAACAGCUGCAACGAGCCCUGUGUCAGGCAGUGCCAGGACUCCCAGGUCGUCAUCCAGCCUUCCACCGUGGUGGUCACCCUGCCGGGACCCAUCCUCAGCUCCUUCCCCCAGAACACCGCCGUCGGAUCCUCCUCAUCAGCUGCCGUGGGCAGCGAACUCAGCGCCCAGGGAGUGGCCAUCUCCUCCGGCGGCUUCGGCUUCGGAGGCCUGGGCUGCUUCAACGGCUGGAGAGCCCGCUACCCCUGCUAA